GUGGGGCAGCGCAGCAAGGAGCUUCAAGCUCAGGACGGAAUUCUUCGCAAGGUGGAAGCCGGCCGGUUGCCCCGCCCGCAGCGGACGCGGCUGAGGGGGAUGUGGGGUGGCAACUAGUCGACGCGAAGACGGGGCGGAGCGGGCGCUCGUGGACGAAGCUCUUCCGGCAACUGAACAAGCUGCUGGACGACGUGUACCUCACCUGCGAGUUGGACUGCAGCCUGCACCACACCGCAGCCAUGGUGGACUACCUGGAGGCCAGCGCGCAGGACUUUGCGGAGCUGGGGCAGCAGCUGGCGAGUGUGGUGUCGCCUAGCCGCCAGAAGGUGGCGUGGGAGGUGCGGGCGUCGCGGCGGGCCAGCACCGCUCGCAGCCCCCACCGCGUGCCGCACAGCCCCUUCGGCGGCGGCCUGCCACCCAUGCCGGCGGUCUCAGGCGUAGGCAGCGUUGCGCCCGGCCCUCACGCACUCGCACACGGGGCUGGAAGGCAGGGCACCGGUGGCGGCGGCGGUGGCGGCAGCGUGGCGGGCUCGGGGAUAGCGGCGGCGGCGCCGCCGCCGGCGCCUGGCAGCUGGGCGGCUGUAGCAGCGGCUCAAAGUCACCCGCAGCAACAAUACCAUCACCAGCACGUCAGCCUGCCCCAGCCCGCCCACCCACUGCACCACGCAGCGAGCUCGUCGCCGCCGCACCCGCACGCUGCCGCGGCGGCGCCGGGCAGCGUGGGCGCGGGCGCGGCUGCAAGCAGAGGUGGCGGCGGUGGCGGCGGCGGCGGCCCCGCUGCGGCAUCAUCCCGGCGCGUCACGAGCGGCAGCAGCGACAGCGGUGGAGGGGGUGGCGGCAGUCUUCCGGGUUCGCUGCCGGGUUCUUUCAAGUCCUCUAGCUUGCCCGGGGCGGGGCCGGGCGCGUCGGGUAGUGGCGGCAAGGACACGGCGGGGCGUGACAGCGUCAACAACCCGUGGAAGGACAAGGUCAACUGGAGUGAGCGCUUCACGCCGCCGCACCCACAGCAGCACCAAGGCCACAGCCAUGUGCGCGGCGACGGUGCCUCGCGCAGUGGCGGCGGUGGCAGCACCGGGGGCGGCGGCGCCGCCGCCGCCAGCGGUGGCACCAGCGCCGCCAGCAGCCCCGCCUUCCGGCUGGGCACAGCGCCGCCGCCGCCACGACUGGAGACCUACAGCGCAGCCGACUCGGUCGGCAGCGGCGGUUAUGGCGGUUAUGGCGGUUACGGCGGUGGCGGCGCCGCCAACGGUCACAGUGGCAGUGGCGGCAGCGGCACGCUGAGCCCCAUGGGCGCCGCCGCCAGCCCGCGGGACGCCCUGUACGCCAAAAUGCUGUCCUCACCAAGCCGCAAACUGUCGCCGGCGGAGGUGCGGCGCGCCAGCGAGGAGCGGCAGGCGCGCGCGGAGAAGGCGCGGCAGGCGAUGGUGGAGGAGCGGCUGGCGCGGCUGGAGCGGGCGGCGGCCAGCCGGCAGAGCGCCAAGAGCGUGGUGGAGGAGCGGGCGGGGGCCAUUGCGGCGCGGGUGGAGGGCAAGAUUGCGCGCAGUGCGGAGCUGCGGCAGGCGCACCUGGCGGGGCGGGUGCAGAAGGCGGUGGAGGAGACCAAGAAGGUGGCUGAGGUGGCCUUCAUCAAUCAGAUGUUGGAGCAGGACAAGAAGAUGGCGCUGCAGGAGAAGCUGGAGGAGGGCGAGUGGCGCCGGCGCCAGGCUCUGGAGCAGCGCAAGGCGCAGCAGCGGCUGGGGCGCGGCCCGGCGGCGGCGGUGGAGGAGGCGCAGGAGCGGCGGAAGCUGCUGGAGGCUGAGCGCCGGGAGCAGCUGGCGGACCGGCAGCGGCGCAAGCUGGCAGCGCAGGCUAAGCUAGAGGAGGAGCGCCGGGCCGCCGCCUCCGCGCGGGAGGCCGCCAGCCGCGCCGCCCGCGCCGCCGCCGCACAGGCCGCCGAGGCGCGGCAGCGGCAGCGCGACGUGCUGUCGCUACGCAUUGAGGAGCGGCUGCGCGAGGCGGCGGGCCGGCGGGCGCAGCACCUGGAGCUGAUCAAAGAGCGGGCGGCGCUGGGCAAGGACCUGUACGAGCGGCGCACGCUGGACGGCACCGUGCCCUCCCCGCGCUCGCCCCAGGGCGGCCGCCCCACACGCCCGCCCUCGCCCGAGGUCUCCUCCUCAGGCGCCAGCGCGCUGCAGCUGCACCUGGGUGCGGGUGGCGGCGGCGGCGGCGGCAGUGGGAGCGGGAGCGGCGGCGGCCGCCCGGCCACGCCGCCUGGCGGUGCUGGAUCCAGCACGCGGAUCCUGCAUGGGCGCGUGUCGUCGCCGUCGGGCCUGGCGUCGCCGUCGAACGGGCUGCUCGCCACCCCCUCCGUGUCGUCGCUCCCAGACGGCGCCGGCUCCUCCUCCUCGCACCCGCCGCCUCUGGCCUCACCCCAGCAGCCUCAGCAGCAGCUGCUGCAGCUGCAGCCGGCCGGCAGUCCGCUGCGCUCCUCCGACCGCUCCAUCACGCUGUCCAGUGACGCCAAGCGGCGGCUCAAGGGCAUGCGCCGCCGCGCCGCCAAGAUCCUGGAGCGGCUGCAGCGGGCCACGCCCGGCUUCAGCGAGCCGCCGGCGGUGGCGUCGCUGCUGGAGGCGGGCGACGGCCAGCAGCUGGUGGCGGCCUGGAGUGAGCUGGUGCAGGCAGUCAUGAGCGCUACAGCCGCAGCUACAGCCACACCUGCAGCUGCAGCCGUGCCAGCGAGAGCGCCGCCGCCGGCAGUAGCAGCAGCAGCAGCAGCAGCAGCAGCAGCAGCAGGGACAGCAGUGGCAGGGACAGCGCUGCAAGGCGGCAGGGGCAAGGGCGGCGGCGCAGCAAAAGGGGCGCCCGGCAGCGGCGGCGGCGUGGCGGCGGCGGCGGAUGCGGCGAGUGCGGCUGCUGCUGCGGCUGCCUCUGUCAAACACCUGCUGCAGCGCGUGCACACGGACCUGGGUGGCAGGAGCAAGGGUCUGGCGCUGCACGCGGCCCGGCCGUCCGGCCUGUUGGGCGCACUGACGCAGCUGCUCACCGCGCCGGCGGCCGCAGCCACGCCGCAUCCGCCGCAGACGUCCGUGCAGCUCAUGGAGCUCCUGGCACUGCUGGUGACCUCAUCCACACACAACGCCGCGUGGAUGCUGGCCAGGGGCAGCGGCGGCGGUGUCGGCGGCGGCGCAGCCGCGGCAGCCGCGGCCAGCAGCAGUGGUAGCAGCAGCGCCGCGGCAGCGCCGGCGGGGACAGAGGGAGGAGGAGGAGGUGGAAGUGGUGGAGGGGAGGCGGCGCCGCCGGCGGAGGGCGGUGCGGCCGCGGCUCUGUCGGGUCUGGUGCGCUGCGCGCAGAGGUCUCUGGACCGGUACAACGGCUUGGCAGCAGACGAGGUGUGGGAGGAGCCGCCCGAGGCCAGGUACCUGGCGGCACUGCUGCAGACGCUGGCGUGCCUGUGCCGUACGCCCUUCCCCAACCAACCAGGGCUGCAGGCGCAGCAGGAGGAGCUGGUGGCGUACAUCGUGGCGUGCGGCCUCAUACACAGGUCCACGGAGCUGUUCAGCCUGUUCGACACGCCGCCCGGCGCCUCCGACACCGCGCCCAUACCCGGAUACGUGCUGCAGUGCCUGGCGCUGCUGGAGGCGCUAGCGGGCGGCCCCGGCCGGCGCUCUUCCGCCGCCGCGCUGACGGCUCACAAGCGCUGGCGGCCGCCCGCAGCCAAUGGCGCCGCCAUUGCACUGGCGUUCCAGGAGACGUCCAUGGCCGGCCUGCCCUCGCUGCUGACGGCUGUGCUACUGCGCGCCGCGCCCAGCUGCACGCCCGCCGAGGCGCGGCCGGAGCGCCUGCCGCCCAACUUCGUGGAGGUGGCGGCAUGCGUCAUGCGCACACUCAACAACAUUGCCAGGCUGGACCUGCUGGCCGCCCAGACCAGCCUGGGCGCCCCCGACCUGCGCGUGGUGUUCUUCCACCUUGUGGGCUUCCUGCUCUCCUACUGCACCAACCAGUGGCCCACAGCGCCCCGCGCCGCAGAGCCGGCCAUUCGCGCCGCCCUGGCAGCCGCAGCCGCCGCAGGCGGAGCGGGCGGCGGCGUGGCCGCCGGCGGCGCCGGCGGCGCGGCGGCUGUCGCCGCCGCCGCCUUGGCGGCGGGGACCGUGCUGCCUUCGGCGGCACGGCCCUCCGGCGGCGGCGGCUCCGCCGCCGCCGGAGGCAGCUUGGGUGGCGCGCCGCCGCUGGGCGGCAUGGGCGGCAGUGCCGGCGGCGCGCCGCCUCCUCCGCUGUCGUCGUUUGCGGCUCCUCCGCCUCCGCCCCACACGGGUCUGGUGCAGCUGCUGAAUGAGGUGCUGCUGCUGAUCGGGCACUACGGCGUGCUGCACUCCAGCAACCAGGACGUGUUGCUGUGGGGCAAGAGCCCCACGCUGCUGCAGCGGCUGGCCGAGGUGCCGUUCGUGUACUGGGUGGAGCAGCAGCUACACCAGGUCCUGAUGCCCACGCUGGUGUCGGUGUGCUACGGCAGCGAGCGCGCCUGCGCCACCCUGGCCCAGCACAUGGACCUGCACCUGCUGCAGGCCUACCUGCAGAUCAUGAUUGCCCAGUACGUGGAGCCGCCGGUGGGCGGUGGCGCCGGCCAGGACCCGUCCGUGUCAGCAACACCAGCAGCAGUAGCAGCGGGUGACGCAGGCGACGGGUCAGGGCCCAACGCUGCCGACGUGGACAAACCGGGCGCAGCCGGGGAGCGCACGCACGUGCACACGCACGCGCCCUGUCCCGAUCACUUGACAGCCGCUGACAGCGAGAACAGCAAUGGCAGCAGGGGGAGCAUCCAAGAUGACGCUCCUUCGUCGCCGCUGGCGGCCGCGGCGGCGGCGGCGCAACCGGCGGCUCUGCUGUCUCCCCGGCGGCAGCUGCUGCAAGACCUGUCUGGUGGGCUGGCAGUAGCAAUGGGUGGCUUCGCCGGCGGCGGCAGUAGCAGCUUCGCUGCCGCCACCGGCGCUGGCGGCAGCGCCGGAGGCGCCGGCGCUGUAGGGCUUGUCAUUGCCGGUGACGGCGGUGCGACGGCGCCGCUGCCGCCGCCCACCGCGGAGCGCUACAGCCUGCCUCAGCGCUUCCCGUUGGAGCUACUGCCGCAGGUGCUGGCCUUCAUCGAGCGGCAGGUGCCCAGCGCUGCUACAGCCGCCGCAGCCGCUGCCGACAGCCGUGCCAACAGCGGCGCACUCACAACCGUCGUGGCGGCGGCGGUGGCCGUGGGGCGGCUGCCGUCGGCGCCGGGGCCGCUGCCGCCGCCGCCGCCGCCGCCGCUGCAGGCGGCGGCGGGGAUCGCAGCCGUCAUGCCGUCGCUGCGGCGGCGAGGCAGCGAGGACGCGUCCCUACCGCCUGCGUCGGUGAGAUCCGUGGGAAGCAGUACAGCAUGGGACGGGGCAGAGGGAGGCGCGCAGGUAGCGGGCUCGAGCUCCCAACCAGCAUCGACAGCUCCGGCGCCGGCCGCGCCGGCGGUCACGGCGCCGCCUGCUGCCGCCGUCGGAGCGCUGCGCGGCCGGCGCAGUAGCGCCAGCGGCAGCAGCAGCCACCGUGCAGAGGUGGCGGCGGCCGUGGCGGCAGCAGAUGCGGCAGCCGCCGCCGCUGCCGCCGCCGCUGCGAUGGCGGCGACGGCAAGCCCCGCUCACAGCGCAGACUCGCACCCGCGCAGCGCGGGCGGCGGCAGCUACGCCGAUAGCCUGGCCAGCAGCGGCUCCCCGCCGCCCUACCACUACCCGCCGCCGCCGCCGCGGCACCGCUACCGCGACGUCGCCGACGUGCCCGUACCCUUCAGCAUCGUCGCCGGAGGAGGCGGAGGAGGUGGAGGAGGGGGCGGCGGCACCGGCAGAGGAGGUGUCAGCGCAGGAAGCGCGGGCGGCAGCAGCGGCGGCAGCCGCCGCCAGCGACGCUACGAGGCCGCGGCAGCGGCAGCCGUUGCCGCCGCGGCGGCGGAGGCCGCCGCCGCGGCGGCAGCCUCAGUCGGCGGCGGCAGCGCCGGCUCCGCCGCCGGCUCCGGCGGCGGCGGCGGGCUGCUGGCGGGCUUUGUCAUGGCGGGUAGCGGCAGUCUGGAUGGCGGCGCCGCCAACUCUGCUUGUGCGCGUUCGUACGUGUCAGAGCUCAGCUUUGGCGGCUACCUGACGCCGGCGCCGUCGGAGGCGCGCGGCGGCGGCGGCGGCGGCUCGUGCAGCGCGGCGGGCGAGGGCGAGGGCGAGGAGGCUGUGAGGUCGCCGGACACGGACACGGACCGCGCGCUGGACGAGCUUGACCUGGACCUGUACGACGAGCAGCGUGUGGCGGAGCAGGACGUGCGGGACGAGCAGGACGUGUUGCUGCUGGACGCCUCGCCGGACACAGGCGGCCGCAGGCCGGCACGGCGGCAGCAGGCGACAGGCGGAGCAGGAGCUGGAAGCGGAGGAGGGGAAGCAGGUGGUGGCGGUGCCGGUAGUGGGUAUGGGUUGGGGCGUUGCGACAGCCCACCCGACCUAGGGGCGGGGCUGCUGGGCGUGCGCGCGGGGGUGGGCGACGCGGCCGCGGCAGCGGCACGGACGCACGUGAUUGACGCGUGGUGGCGUUACGGUGCGGAGGAGGGGGGCGGCGAGUCGGAGGGGGAGGGGUCGCCGCUCGCGGGAGACGAGGGGGAGCUGCGGGUGGAGGAUGCCCUGUCGCCGCCCGUGUCGCCCACCGCUAGGCUGCUGCGGUGAGGGAAGUGACGGCGGCCUGCAUGCUGCUGAGAUGGUUGUAUUGCAGUUGCAGUGUAAUGGGCAAAUGUUGAGGGCGCAGGUCGGGGUGUGGGGAAUGCUUCUGUUGGCGGACAAGGGGGUAGUGUGAGCGAGUUGCAGCACCGGCCUUUCGAGAUAGCGCGAGCGAGUGAGCACGCGUGUGAGCGUGCGUGUGUGUUUUUCCUCCAGCGAAUGAGAUUGGAAUUUCGGACUUUAUCGUGCGUAUUCAUGACAAUUGUGUUAUUUCAAGUACAUAGUAUUUGCUUUGUGAACGUAGGCUGCAACGAGCGAGUCAACGCUGCGUUGACCAACAAAUGCUAUCGUAUUGUUUCCACUGACCGCUCCUGUAAAUAAGAAUGCUG